AUGGCGUUUCCUGUGGGUGCUGUUGCCAUACUUCUGUUAUCAUCCUCUUGGCACACUGUAAAAGUCAUGUUUCGUGAUCAAGCAACUUGUUACAGUUUACUUCGGAAAGUGACAAAAAAAGAACAUAUGACCGAUAUAAUUGGAAAUAGACAAAAAGAGAAUAUGAAAACGGUCAAUUCGUCAGUAAAUCAACGUCAACGUCCUGUUCGCAUUGGCUGUUACUCAGCCUUUUGGGGUGAUUCUACUGCUGCAGCUCGUCAGCUUGUCAAGCAGGAAGGGAAAAACCUUGAUUAUCUUGUAGCUGAUUACUUGGCGGAUCUUUCAUGCAGUUUUUGUAGGAAAGGGAAAAAGCUGCUCAAUGUUCUGAUAAGGUCAUUCUAUCCUUUACUAUGCCUAGAAAUCACAAUGGGUAUUUUGGCAGCUCGUAGGCAACGUCGGCUCUUGUCAGGAAAACAAUCGGACAAAGGCACAGAUUAUAUUGCAGAAUUUCUUACCCUCGUGCUAUCAAAAAUCUUGCCCGACAUUGUUAAGAAUGGUACCAAGGUGAUCACUAAUGCGGGUGGAUUAGACCCUAUUGGUUGUAAAGAAGCUAUCGAACACUUGCUGAUCAAGAUGAAUAUACAGAAUGUAAAAGUAGCUGCUGUCUUUGGUGACGAUAUCCUGAAUCAGAAGGACGACCGUACAUUACGUGCUUUUUCAGAUAUCCACUCUUUUUCUCCUCUAUCAGCAGUCAAUCAUACACAAGAAUCAGAUCGCUUACCUGACAAAGAUGAACCUUUAUUAUCAUUGAAUGCUUAUUUGGGCGCGCAAGGCAUUGUCUCCGCCUUGGAAGAAGGUGCGCAAAUUGUCGUCACAGGACGCGUGGUAGAUUCAGCUUUGGUGACCGGUCCUCUCAUCUACGAAUAUGGAUGGCAUGAGCAAAAGACGCCAGACUACUACGACCUACUGGCCUCAGCUUCUCUGGCGGGCCAUAUCAUUGAAUGCGGUUGUCAUGCUACCGGUGGCAAUUUCACAGAUUGGCAAUUAGCUGCUCAAUCACCCUUUGGAGGUUACGCCAACAUGGGCUAUCCUAUUGUUGAAUUUGAUUCAUCAGGCACUUUUGUCGUCACCAAACCAGAAAAGACGGGUGGGCUGGUUUCUGUCGGGACUGUCUCGGAGCAGAUCUUGUAUGAAACACUUGAUCCGGCUCUUUAUUUGCUACCUGAUGUGAUUUUGGAUAUGCGUCAGAUCAAGUUGACUCAAACCAGUAAGAAUCGCGUUCUUGUUGAAGGAGCGAAAGGAUCAAAACCUACGCCUUAUCUUAAGUGUUCAGGCAUCUUUUUGGAUGGCUGGAAGAUUUCCGGUGAAUUAUUAAUUGGUGGCGUAGAUGCAAAAGCAAAAGCUCAAGCAGUCGGUGAGGCUGUUAUCAGACGUGUCCAAGGCAUGUACAAAGAGCUGGGAAUCCCUGACUUUAGGGACUAUAAUAUAGAAGCUAUUGGUGGCGAAUCUCUCUUUGGGCCGCAUGCCAGAACGGGUGAUUCUCGAGAAGUUAUGUUAAGGCUGACUGCACAUCAUGACGAUCCUAAAGCAUUAGGACUGGUAGCUCUAGAAUUGAUACCUUCAGCUACUUGUAUGGCGCCUGGAAUUACUGGCGGAGGCUCUGGUGGUCGACCUAAAUCCAUCCCUAACAUGGUUCAUUUUCCUAUGUUGAUACCGAAAUCCCAAGUCAAAACCCAAUAUAUUGUAGGAAAGGACACCAGCAACGUUCGUACCGCUCCAUGGACAUCCUGGAAUACGGAAGCCAGUUACAGUAAUCCAGCUUCAGUAGAGGCGAUCCCUGAAGCCGUCAUCUCAAACAUGGACGAUAUGGUCAAGACUCCAUUGAUCCAUGUUGCUUAUGGACGCAGUGGCGACAAGGGCGAUGUUUGUAAUAUCGGCAUUAUUGCACGCGAUCCGAAAUACUUGCCCUAUAUCAAACGCUCUAUUACCGCAAAUGUCGUCGCCAAUUAUAUGAAGCAUCUUUGCAAAGGGUCUGUUACACGCUUUGAAUUACCAGGUGCUCAUGCUUUCAAUUUCGUCUUGACACAUUCAUUGGGUGGUGGUGGCUUGAGCUCUUUGAUGGUCGAUAGACAAGGCAAGACAUAUGCUCAACUCUGCUUGAGCGGAUUGUACGUAGAAAUACCUUCAUCCAUGCUGCCUUUAGACGCGUCAUCCAAGUUGUAA